CCGAUUCCCACUGACCAAUGAAGAGACAGAACCAGAGCAUGACCACUGAGUUCAUCCUCGUAGGCUUCUCAAAUCAGGGGAAUCUGCAGAUACUUCUCUUCUUCGUCUUCCUCCUGGUUUACCUGACCACUCUGAUGGCCAAUGCCACCAUCAUGAUCGUCAUUCGUCUGGACAGGACUCUGCACACCCCAAUGUACUUCUUUCUCUUUGUCCUCUCCUGCUCUGAAACCUGCUACACCUUGGUCAUUGUACCAAAAAUGCUGACCAACCUGCUUUCCGCAAGCCAGACUAUUUCUUUCUCCGGAUGUGCUGCUCAGCUCUACUUCUUCGUGGGCUUUGCCUGUACCAACUGUUUUCUAAUUGCUGUCAUGGGCUAUGAUCGCUACGUUGCCAUCUGCAACCCUCUCAACUACGCACUGGUUGUCGGCCGAGCCACCUGCGUUCAGCUGGUCCUCGCCUCCGGCUUCUGUGGCUUCCUCAUCUCUGCGGUGGUCAAUGCCUUGGUGUUUAGCGUGCCUUUCUGUGCCUCCCAUCGGAUCAACCACUUUUUCUGUGACAUUUCCCCGGUCAUAAAACUAGGCUGCACGGACACCAACAGAAAGGAGAUGGUCAUCUUCUUCCUCAGUAUUCUGGUAUUGCUGGUGCCCUCUGUGCUGAUCUUCAUCUCCUACGUCCUGAUCGUCUCCACCAUCCUCAAGAUAGCCUCGGCUGAGGGCCGGAAGAAGACCUUUGCCACCUGCGCCUCCCACCUCACGGUGGUCGUCGUCCACUACGGCUGCGCCUCCUUUAUCUACCUGAGGCCCACGUCCCUGUACUCCUCAGAUAAGGACCGGCUCGUGGCAGUGACCUACACUGUGAUCACCCCACUGCUCAAUCCUCUUGUGUACGCACUGAGAAAUAAAGAAGUAAAGGUGUCUCUGAGUAAAGUUCUCAGCAGGUACUCAUUUCCCAAAACUGUAUGAGUUGGUAAAUCAGGAAAGUUAUAUUCGUGAAAGUGUCCUGGAUAGAAAUUUAACUUCAUAAACAGAUCCGCCACUCUCCUUGGUCAAACAAAACAAAACAGGAGCAGAUAAAACAAAAAACAAAAAAAAAGGAAGAAAUGAGGACUUCAA